GAGUAUUUCAAAGAUCUUUAAUAGUGGGCAAUAUGGCUAAGAAGCAAUUCCAGAGUAGAGACCAGAAGCAUGGUUCUGUUGCGAAGAAACUGGCCAUUACAAAACAGAAACCGGUAUCGAAAUCCAAACUAAAACAUCAACUGAAAUCAACCAAGCACCAAAUCGAACAACUUAAUUCGAAUUUGAAAGAGUUUGAAGAUGUAAGAAGCUUGUUGACCGAUGUGAAAAAACCAGAGAAGAAGGGGAACUCUUUGGAUUACAAGGAUUUAAAACAAGAUUUGAUGAAAGACGAAGAAAGAAAAUCAAAAAAUACGUCAGUUGAAAAUGAUAUUAGCAAACAAUUAGAAUUACUUACUGGGUUUGAAUUAUAAGUUGAUCAUCACAAACACUGGCUGGUUUGUUGGUUGUGGAAUGCUAGACAUUCGUGUAUACUAAAUUGUAAAUAGAAAUAAGUAUUAAAG